AUGGCUGCCCCCGCUUUACCUACCGUCAUGCCUCCCACCACUGGUGCCGUCGGUGGAACUGAUUCCACUCCCGUGCCUUCCACCGCACCUGCUGCGGCUACCACUGAGCCUAACCCAGCCACCGACACCAUCACCUCAGUCAGCGAUACUGCUGCAGCUGCCACUCAGGACGAAACCGCUGGGAAGGGCGAAGCUAAGCUCGAAGGUGGCCCCGCAAGUGAGGGCAUCUUGGGCUACAAGGGGCCCGGGCUGAUCCAGAGUCUCCGAUUUUCGAAGCGUUUCUUCUGGUUUAGCGAUGAAGCUUUUAAAACUGACACUCUGGACGCCUAUCUCCGUGCAGAAAAGGCCGAGAUUGCACAUCCCAAUGCUGCCUGGGCUCACGAGACUGGAAAGGGUCUUUUGUUCUUUGCUAAGCGGGCUGAGGACAAGGCAGCCCCAGCCGGCAUCUUGAACUUGGCUGAGGUCGCCGAUGUGACUAAGGAAGGCUCCAACGACUUUUCGUUCAAGCUCAACGGACACAAGCAUGUUUUCCAAGCCGCGUCUCCAGCCGAGCGUUCCAGCUGGAUUGCUGCGAUUGAGGCGAAGGCCGCUGAGGGCAAAGGGCUGAAGGAAGGUAUCCUGGGCAGUGAAGGAUACCAAAAGCACUUUGAGAAAUACAACAAGCUUGGUGUUGGAGCCGCGACUACGGGCUCGUCGCUUCCUGGUCUUUCCAAGUCGAAAGAGAGAAAGGAGACAUCCGCUCCUCCACGAAAAUCUCUCGAGACCAAAGUCAAGGAGACUCUCAAAAAGGACAAAAAGGACAGGGUUGAUACCAGCUCUGCUUCCUCCUCCGAUGCUGAAAAGAAAGACAAGAAGUCCAAAAGCCGAUCCCAAUCUCGCAAACGUGCCAGCAUCUUUGGCCUCCUCGGCAACAAAAAGGAAGAGCAGGAGGAGAAGAAAGAUGUGAAGAAAGAGGAAAAGGCCGAGGAAAAGGCUGAGAAGGAGAUGGCCAAGGAACAUCACAAGCACGACAAAGAGGUUGCUAAAGAGGAGAAAAAGCAGGAAAAGGAGAUUGUCAAGGAACACCACAAGGAGGAGAAGAAGCAUGAAAAAGAAGUAACCAAGGAGGAGCAGAAGCUUGAGAAGGAACAGAAGCAGGCCGAGGCGCAAGCCACUCAUCAGCCAUCAGACAUUGCUGAAGCCGGUGCUGCGACUGUUGCUGCGACUGUUGCUGCUGCUGCCCCAGCCGCCAUCACUACAUCUCACGAGAAGAAGGCAGAUGAAACAAAGCCAGAACUCUCGACCACCAGGGGCACCGAGAACCUUGAAAAGAACCGCGGCAAGCGCGGUUCAAUCUUCGGUAAUUUCUUCGGGGGCAGAAAAGACAUUACAAGCCCAACAGCGGAAAAGACUCCAACCGAUGGAGCUCUAGUCAUUCCUACCAAGGACAGCGAGGUUGCACCUGUCUCCGAGACUGCUCCUAAGAUCGAUGAGCCAGCUCAAAGCAAGCCAAUUGAUGCUGCAGCAGUCACGGCACCAGUGGACUCGGCCAUCGCAGCUCAUGAUGUACCUGCCAACAGCGUUCAUGCUCAGACCACCACCGGAGCGCCUAUCAAGAGCCCUACUACUCCAUCGCACAAAGGUGGUGUGAUGGGUUUCUUCAAGAGACAGGACUCGAAGCUUGAGCAGAAGAAGGAGGCAACGGCUGAUGAACCAGUUUCAACAGCUACUGCCCUCGAGACGGGUGUCACCUCGGAAUCUCCUGCCGCUGCCACUUCUGAGAGUAAGCCAACCUUGAAAGAGAAGCGCCGAACCUCUCUUUUCAAUACCCUUGCUAGCAAGAAGGAAAAGUCCGAGUCCGAGGUGACUGAAGGCGAGACCAGGAAGUCACCGCUUCCCCAGAAGCUUGGUGGUCUAUUCCGCAAACCCAGCAAGGCGGUGAAAUCUGAACAGACACAAACCGAGCCCACCUCCGCUAUCACCGAAUCCGCUCCAAUUGCAGAGAGCACGGAGGGUGAUGCAGUAUCUUCAGCAAAAGCCGAGCCCGCUUUGACCAAUGGCAUCACCCAGGCACCCACCGAGCCAGUCGAUCGAGCUCCUGAGGCAGCCAGCGGUGCAACACCGACCGUCAAGGCUUCGGCAUGA